GCGGCCAACUCUGGGUACAUCGUCGACGACGCGGGCCUCCUCUCGCGCGCGGCGUCUGGGUCCAUCGGGAAGACGCUGAAGGAUCUCGAGGCGCAGACGGGAUACCACGUGAACGUCGUCACCGUGCGCAAGCUCGUGUUCGAGCAAGACCCGUUCGCGUUCGGGGAUAAGGUUCUCGAGACCUGGUACCCGACGCUGGAGGAAGGGAACAACAAGGGGCAGAUUCUGCUCGUGAAGAACACGAAGGAGGGCUCAGUCGUCGGCGGCCCCGCGUUUUUGAAAGCCGUCGGGAACGACGUCCUCGACUCCAUCCUGUCGAAGAACAUCCCGUACAACCUCGCGGACGAAAAGUACGGCGAGGCGCUGACGUCGUCCGUGGACAGGAUCGCGGCGAUUCUCGAAGGCAAGGGCGACCCCGGCCCGCCGACGCGGUUCGAGAAGAGCAAGGAGAAGACGUACAAGACGAAGGCGGAGACCAACGAGAAGCGGGAGAUCUUCAGCAACGUCGUCAUCGGUCUGCUCGUCAUCUCGUUCGUCGUGCCCAUGGUGCAGUACUUUGGGUACGUCGCGGGCGACCCGGACUUUGGGGACGAUUGA